GCGAUGUCGGGUUGCGCCGUUGCUAUGGAAACCGGACGCUAAACGGCCCAACCGGAAACCCGUCAGGGUGACACGUCUGUACUUCCGGCUGCGCGUUGCGGGGCUUUGCUGUCAUGUCUCCACGACUCUCGCUGCCGGUUGUCGGUAGAACCUCUCCAGCUCCCUGACAUCCUGGCCUUGGUCUACCUCUGCCCGGACGGAAAGGAUGUUCGGGUUCUGUUUCGGAGCGGCGGUCGUCCUCUGGCUCGUCCCCGGAUACCUGGGAGCGGCAGCCCCUCUGUACACAGAGGAUGACCCGCUGGUGAUCCUGAGCAGCAGCACUGUGACAUCCUCCGUCAGUAACUCAUCCUCCGCCUGGCUGGUCCAGUUCUACUCCUCCUGGUGUGGACACUGCAUUCAGUACUCGACCACAUGGAAGACCCUGGCCCAGGACGUCAAAGACUGGCAGCAGGCCAUCAGUGUCGCUGUGGUUGACUGUGCACAGGAGGAAAACUUUGACGUUUGUAAAGAAUACAAUGUCAAGUUCUACCCAACGUUCAAGUAUUUCCGGGCUCACAGUCCACCAACAGACAGAGGAACGACCUACACAGGUGCAGACAGACGGGUCCAGUCAGUGAGACAGCUCAUGGUGAACAUCCUGCAGAACCACACCAGACUGGACUGGCCCGAUCACUGUCCUCCUUUAGACCCACACAGCUCUGAAGAGCUGCUUCCUCUCUUGGGUCAAAGGUCCAAUCACUUCACUGCCGUCAUCAUCGAGGAGCCUGAUUCGUACGUCGGGCGAGAGGUGAUCCUGGACCUGCUGCAGUACUCGGGUGUGCAGGUGAAGAGAGCACUGAGCUCAGACCGCCCCCUGCUGGACGCUCUGAAGAUCACCACCUUCCCCUCCAUCUACCUGCUGCACCCCAACGGGACACACACACACCUGCACGUGCAGAAGCAGCUGCGUUUCUUCUUCUCCUCCAUGUUGCGGACAUUACCAGGAGUCCAGCGCAGGCUGACCUCAGACAGCGACAGUUACAGUGUCGGUCAGAUGGGGGCGCUACCGCAGAAACAGGGCGCAGAGCCCUGGAGAGACUUCAACAGGUCCAAGGUGUACAUGGCUGAUCUGGAGUCAGCCCUCCACUACCUGCUGAGGGUCGAACUGGCUACCCAUAAUACCCUGGAGGGGGAGGAGCUAAAAGUCUUCAAGGACUUUGUCACUUUGGUUGCAAAGUUGUAUCCAGGUGGGGUUUCAGUGGUGAAGCUGAUGGAGACUCUCUCUGAUUGGCUGCUCAGUCUGCCACUGCAGCGAAUCCCCUACCAGGCUGUCCUGGACCUGGUGGACAACAAGAUGAGGAUCUCAGGUGUGUUCCUGGGGGCGGAGCUUCGCUGGGUUGGUUGCCAGAGCAGCAGGCCAGGGCUCAGAGGUUACCCAUGUGCCCUCUGGACUCUGUUCCACGUUCUGACAGUCCAGCAUGAUGCCACACCCGCUGCACUGGAAAACACAGGUCUGGAGGCCGAGGCGGCUCCGGUGCUGCAGGUGAUGCGUCGCUACAUCAGGACCUUCUUCGGCUGUGAGCAGUGUGGCCGACACUUUGAGCAGGCAGCGGCCGCCGGUAUGGACAGAGUCCAGCAGAUGCUGUGGCUGUGGAACCAACACAACAUGGUCAACUACAGGCUGGCAGGCUCCCUGAGUGAUGACCCCCUCUUUCCUAAAGCUCCAUGGCCCAGCCCCUCCCUCUGCGCCUCCUGCCACGAGGAGAAAAACGGCGUCCAUGUCUGGAACCAAGACAAUGUCCUUAGCUUCCUCCGACAUCACUAUGGAGUCUCCAACCUGUCCCCGAAAUACUCCCUGACCCCCCCACAGGUCCCUGCACCACCUCCAAACCCUGUGCAUACCAGCCGGCCUCAGGCGGAGCACCGAGGAGGAGGAGUAGGAGGAAGAGAGAGGAUGGAGCCAGAGGAGAAAGCUGAGGAGUGGCCAGAGCCUCGCCCUGGACACCAGAGGGGGGCAUUGCCCGGGCACAGUGGACGAGGAGGAGCAGGGGGAGGAGUGUGGAUCCUGGGUCUGGGUCUGGGUUUUAACAGCGUGGACAUGAGUCUGUGUGUGGUCCUGUACGUCUUCUCCUGCCUCUUCCUCAUGCUGCUCUUCUUCUUCUUCAAAGUCCGAUCCCGGAGGCGGAAGCUCCGACACUCCCACCUCCAUGUAUGACCCGUUCAGGGCUGAUUAUGGAAGUUAGAAGGUGCCGACAGUGCAGUCGUGACAGUAAAGGGUCAGUUCACCUACAUUACAGAAAAGAAACAAGUUCUGAGUGAGCCCGGUUUUUAUCUUGCAAACAGUUGGUUCCAGUUUUAAUGUCAGAGUCUGUCGCCAGUGUUUCCAGUCCAUCAUUCAGAGGGAAGACCCGAUGCCAGCAACAUUUUGUGCUGGUUUCAGUGUCUUCCAGUUCCACAGUGAAGUUGAUCCUCACAUUAUCUUCUCAACAGUUCGAUUUAGGCUGCGUUCAAGUUCCCGUUGACAUUUCUGAAAUCUGAGGUUUUUCCCUCCAAGUGAACCACUGUCCCUCGGUUCUGUUUCCAGAUUUCAUUUUAGUCUGAGUUUUCCUUCAGGGUCACUUUCUCUGCAACAGUAAGCCUUUAGCAGCCUGCCGGAGGCUGUGGCUCUAAAGCAUGUAGACCUGUACCCGGCCCUGAACUGGACUGGAGCAGAACCUGGUCUGAGACCAGGUGUGUCAGGCCUGGACUGGACCGGACCAUCUGGACUGGAUUUUUGAGGGACAUGAUGCGAGACCAGUAAAGUGGAUCAGACUGGUCUCUGAGUCCACUUUGUGCCAAACAUUUAACCCAGUGUCAUUAACCCCUAACCCCGAGUCUUUGCUGUGAGACCCCCGACCAUCCUGAGACCUGACCUCUGCACGCACACACGCUGGUUGACUGGAAGUGUUAUUGAUCCGGUGAUCUGGUGUCUUUUGAUGUUUCGGUGGAUUUGGUGACACCUUGUGGUGACAGCUCUCUGUCUGAACUGUGGUUACAAACGCUUUCUGGAAUAAAUCUACAUUUUUAAAAAAGUAUUUUCAGAAUAAUUUGCUGGAUUAGAUGGGAUAUUAGAAAGGGUUGAAUUAGGGAGGUUAGAAGGACCGUGGCAGUAUUUCCAGUUAAAAAAAAGUAAUAAUUUAUGUUUUACAUAGAUAAACUGUAAAUUUCAGGAAGAGCAGCAGCAGUCGCCACCGAGGGAAAUGCGUCCAGCUGCCUUCGAUUAAAGGUGGAUGUUUGAAUCGGCACUCGUCAGGAUGAGCACAGUGACAUUUUCAUGGAUCAGCUGAUCAAAUGAACAAACCACAUUUCUUCAACACUUGUCAUCAAACGGGAUGAGAAGGUGUUGACAUAGCGGACUUCGUUUGACAUCCUGAACCCACCUGAACUCGAUGAAAGUUGUGUGACUGACAGGCAACUUCCUCCAUCACACCUCAACACAUCCCCGAAGCCGCCUCACGGUGUGUGGGGGGAAGUUUCACAUCAGAAAUAUCUGUUUCUUUCCUCCCUAAUAUGUUUUUAGGUUAAUUUUACGCCGAAAUGAAAAUAAACAAUUUUUUAAAAGUAAACAAAAAGUUAAACAGCUAUUUAACUGUACUGUGGAGGAGAAACGGGUCAUGGUUAAAUGUCAGAAUUAGAUGUGAUUACUGUGAAAUUAAAAAGAAAAUGCAUGUGCCUCAUUGUGAAUAAGAAAUGUAUUUGUGUCCAAAUAAAAUAUACAUUUGUAUUUUUUAAAUCUUGUACAAAGUCAGAAUCUUUAAAGAUGAAUAAAAAAAAACAUCAAAUUAAAGAACCUGAAAUUGAAAGAGAAGAACAAAAGUGUCUGCACUCAAACCUAAAGUGGUGAAAUCAUAAAAAUGUUUCAAUUAAAAUCUUAAACCUUUAAAUUGAAAUGUACAAUGGGAAAUUUUCAUUCUGAGCAUCUUUAUUUAAGAUCUGUAUUUUUGAUUUCAGGUUUCCACUUCACAAAAACCACAUAUCAUCACUGUCGGUUUAGUUUUUGACAAUUUAUGGUCAGAUUAUUGGUGACAGACAGUUGAUAGAUUUUCUAUUUUCUUUUGUUUUGCCUUUAAAUGUUGCUCUUUUUUUCUUUU